AUGCCCGGAUCCGUCCACUCCCAAGACCCCGACCAGUCCAUGGUCGACGCCGAGCAGCCCGAGCAGGAAGUCGUCUCCAAUGACCCUAUCCUCGAAGAACGCCAGAUUGUCGUCCUUCCCGGCGCCACCGACACCGCCGCCUCAUUCCAAUUCGAAGGUGAAGGUCACACCAUGGGCAAUGCCCUGCGAUACGCCAUUAUGAAGAACCCCGCCGUCGAGUUCUGCGGCUACACCAUCCCCCACCCCUCAGACGCGAAGAUGCACGUCCGCAUCCAGACUAAUGACUCGACUACUGCGCUGGAGGCUUUGGAGAAGGGCUUCAAUGACCUGAUGGAUCUGUGUGAUGUUGUUACAGAGAAGUUCACUGGCGCACGCGAUCAAUUCAAUGAGGAGAGCAAGAACCGCAUGGAGGUUUAG